AUGUCUGCUUCUUUCAAAGGCCAUACAGUCGUUGUUACCGGUGCUGGCGGAGGACUUGGAAAGGCGUACUCACUCCUUUUUGCUUCUCGAGGCGCCAAUGUCGUCGUGAACGAUUUCAACGCUGCCGCUGCGCAGAAGGUUGUCGAUGAGAUUGUCGCCGUCACUGAUCUCGGGUCUUUAGCUGGAGGCAAGGCCGUUGCCAACACUUCGUCUGUGUCAGAUGGAGCCGCCAUUAUCAAGAGCGCCGUAGACGCGUUCGGAACCGUCACUAUUCUCAUUAACAACGCCGGUAUCCUGAGAGACAAGGGAUUCAAGAACAUGUCUGACAAGGAAUGGGAUCAGAUUACCGAGGUCCACCUGAAGGGUGCUUUCGCGUGCACUAAAGCUGCCUGGCCCCUCUUCCGCAAGCAAAAGUUUGGCCGUGUCAUCAACACCGCUAGCGCUGCUGGUUUGUACGGCAAUUUCGGCCAGGCGAACUAUAGCGCGGCCAAGAUGGCGCUGGUUGCAUUCACCAAAACGCUCGCUCGUGAAGGUGCUAAAUAUAACAUCAAAUCUACUGUCAUUGCUCCUAUGGCCGCUUCAGCCAUGACCGAAACCAUCAUGCCUCCUGAAAUGUUGGCUAAUCUUAGCCCUGAUUAUGUUGCACCUUUCGUUGCUGCUAUUUCCCACCCUGACGGACCCGAUGCUUCCGGCAAAAUAUUCGAGGUCGGGGCUGGCUUCAUUGCUGAAGUGCGAUGGGAGAGGAGCAACGGUGCUAUCUUCAAGACUGAUGAUAGCUUUACUCCUUCAGCUGUGAAAGCCAAAUGGGACGAAGGUAAACUAGAGGCCGCGAAGAAACUCCCUCCUAACGUUCAGGCAUCUCCUGCCGUUCGUUUCGAUGGACAGACUGUCAUCAUCACUGGAGCUGGAGCUGGUCUGGGACGUGCAUAUGCUCUGAUGUAUGCCAAGCUUGGUGCCAACGUUGUUGUCAACGAUGUCAACGCCAACGCAGCUGGCGCUGUCGUUGAUGAAAUUGUCAAGGCCGGUGGAAAGGCCGCUGCCGCCGUGUGCUCUGUUGAAGAUGCCGAGAAGAUUGUGCAGGUCGCCUUGGAGAAGUUUGGAUCUGUCCAUGUUCUCAUUGCCAACGCCGGUAUUUUGCGCGACAAGUCUUUCCAAGCUAUGACUGAGCAAGAGUGGGACAUCGUUCUUGCCGUCCAUCUUCGGUCCGUGCUUAAAUAUUCAACUGCAAAAGCCGGAAUCACUGGUCUUACCCGCACUCUGGCAAUUGAGGGCAAGAAGUAUAACAUUCUGGCCAACGCAAUUGCUCCCUCUGCUGGUACUGCCAUGACCAGCACUAUCUGGCCCCAAGAUAUGGUUGAUGCUUUCAAGGUUGACGGCGACCUGCUCAUAGACAAUGAAUCAACAACCGGAGACUUGUUUGAAAUCCUUGGUGGAUGGGCAGCUCAGACACGUUGGCAGAGAUCUGGUGGAUAUGGUUUCCCUACAAACAAGCCAUAUACCAUCGAAGAUGUCUUCGCGAAGUGGAGUAAUAUCACCAACUUCGAUGAUGGUCGCGCAACUAAUCCAUCAUCUACACAAGAAGCUAUUCAACAGCUUGUGGAGAACUUUGGGAACAAGGGCGACGCUGUCAAGGCGAAACUGUAA